GAUGAGAAGAGGGUUUUUGGCCAUUCCUUAGUUUGACAUAUUCUUCUCUGACUUCCUAGCAAUUUCCAGAACCAUUGAAGUCUUACCAGCACCUAAUUUACGGCAUCAUCCCUCUAUUCUUCCAAGCGCGUUUUUGUAAAUGUUUGUUUUAAGUGUUUGAUAAUGUCUGUCGGCCUGCAAUUUAGAGUUGUAUAAAUUGUGUUUGGCAUAAAAACAAUAUUUGAUGUCCAAGCAAAUAUGUUUCCUACUGAAUUUAAAGGUUAAAACAUUAGAGAAAUUGUCCACCGACUGCAUGCUUGUACUGUUUGGUGGCAAUCCAAAAAUGUGUAUAAAAUAAGAGAGCAACUUCAUUUUAUUUUCUAAAGGUUCAGUGCAAAAUGCGAACAUUGAUUUCUUCUUGAAACAAGUCCUGUCAGUCUGGCUCAGACCAUUGUAUUGCUUUUUUCAAACCAAGCAAACCAGGAUAUUGGCUUUCCAUGGCAGCCUUUUCUGCAAAACUUACAUUAAAACUUGAACACGUUAUCGGUUUGGGCCCAUUUUUCCAAAGACUAACAAGUACAAACAAGCAGUGAAAUAACAGAAUGCCUUGUUCUUACGACUUUGUCUUGUUAUUUUUUUUUCCCUCCAAACUUCUCCUUAACUAGGAAAAACAGACUCUUGGACUUUCAAACAAGUUCUUCUUUCCUUCCUUUCUUUUUCUUUCUUAAUUUUCUGUUUUAGUAAACCUCAUUUGUCUUCAGUUUGUUUCUCAAUUUUGAAGCAAAAAUUUCCAGGGAAUUGAAGAAACCAGAAAGUUUAUUUUCUUUUGGUCAUUUUUUGGAUAGUUUAAUGGUUUGGUUUGUUUUUAUCAAGUCUCUGGGUCCUUGCUGUUGGUGACUAAUAAUGGCCGAAGAAUCAAAAGUUCGGUUUGUUCGUUGCCCCAAGUGUGAAAGUCUGAUAAAGGAGCUUCCCGACUACUCUGUCUACAAGUGCGGUUCUUGCGCUGCUGUUCUUCAAGCAAAGAAGAAAGAGCCAGCUAGUAAUGGGUUUCUAGACAAGCCAAUUGAGAAGGGAAGAGGGGAUUGUGAGAAAGCGGAUAAUCAGUUAGACAAAGGAGGUAGUGUACGCAGUGCUUAUGAGACUGAAAAUUGUAGAGCUGAGGGUAUAAGUAGGAGAAAGGAUAGAAUUUUUGGAGAAAAAAGUAUGAAUUUCAACAGUCAUUCUUCAAGAACAGAUAAGGAAGUCUUCCUUGAUGAUGAUAAAAAUGUAAGGGAAAAUAGGCAUGGCCAUGAUAGAACUGAGAAAGGAGUUGGAUAUUUUGAUAAUUAUGUGCCAUCCUCAAAGAAUCCUCAAAGGCAUUAUUAUCAGGAUAUGAACACUAACAGGUCUAAGUCUGUAAAUUCGAGUAGAGAGAGCAAAGUUGGGGACUACUCGCCCAAAUUAGCAGACUUCGCUAGGUCCUUGAGGUUGAAGGGUGUGGACAGAGAUGGGUUUGGAAGGUUUUACAAGAGGAGCCUGGGAACAAUUGAUGAACAGGAUAGAUUUUCAGCUGUCCAUUAUCCUGAUGAGGGACCUUCAAAUUAUAGGUGUGGUUCUGUUUAUGGCUACCACAAACCAGUGAAGAGUUUUGAAUACCUAGACGUUCCCAAUGGGUUUCAAAAUUUUGAAAAGGAUCGAGCCCAGCUGCUCAAGAAGCUGGAUGAGUUAAAAGAUCAACUGAGUAGAUCUCAUGAUAUGCCCCAGACGCCCAGGGAAAUGGUUCCUAGUGAUAAGAUGGCUUCUAUUAACCAUCUUGGUGGUUCUAUUGGCAAUAAGUCUUCUGCUCAUCGUCGAUCUGCACAAUAUCAUCAUGUUUCGAAGUUGACUUAUUUAAAUCAUAGUUCUAUGAAUGAUGAUGACCGUGUCCAGAACUUUUAUGGAAAUUUCCACCCACUUUCAAAGAAUGUUCAUCGCAAGAUUUCUUAUGAAGAUUCUCUCUCACCAGGUAUGCAUAGAAGACAUCAUAAUCAAAUAUCCUAUCACCAUCCUCAGCAAAGGACUUAUGGUUAUGGCUACUCUUCAAGACAAUAUUUGGAUUUUAAUGAAGAUCUUGCAUCAUAUCCAAAUCCAGACGAAACCUUGUAUCACUUCCCUGCAUGCUCAUGCUUACAUUGCUAUGACAAAAACUGGAAAGGCCCUUCGCAAGUCCCACCUGCUGGUUUUAGCAAUAGAAGGUUUUUGAGGGACCCUUGCAGUUCCACUUUCAACCAUUAUGUGAAUUCUGAUAGAGUUGGGCAACACUAUCGGACUAGAGCUGCCAAAGGUCCUCAUUUGAACUUUCAAGAUCCAGCAGUGCACAUAUGGCCAAGUGAUAUCGAUUCAGAUAUUGAAGGUUUUGGUCGACGAAGUCCUAGAAAGGCAGUACUAACCAGCCGGAAUAAACGGCUUUGUCACCCUAUAGCCAGUGGUGCUCCAUUUAUAACAUGCUAUAAUUGCUUGGAACUGUUAAAAUUGCCCAGAAAAUUCAGAAAAAUGAAGAAUGACUGGAGAUUACGAUGUGGUGCUUGUUCAACUGUGAUUGUGUUUGAAAUGGAGAAGAAGAGACUGAUUAUUUCUGUUCCUGGAAGUCCCAUGCGAAGGCCUCCUGAGGCCGAAGAAAAGUCUUCUGAGUUGCUGAACGACAGCCACCCAGGUUCUCAUGGAUUUUUUAACGCUGGUGGCGCAGUUCCCACUUCAAGCAAUGUUGAAAAUUUUGGUUAUGACCAAAUAUCUUCUAAGGAAGAGGAAGGCCCUGAUAAUGUUAUUGAUCGUAGAGAUUCUCCUGGCUCUUCUGAGCUUCCAUUUAGUUGUGAUUUUUGCCCUACAGUUUCAAGUUUACCUUUUCAGGAGCAAGUCAACAAUCCAUCAUCCAAUCAAACAGUGAGCAGACGUACGAAUGCAAAUAGGGCUAAACUCGCAAGGGUUAUCCCAGUGAAAAAUGCCUCUCAAGUUGUUUCCGAGAAAAAUGCACUAGUGGCAACUGAGGUGGAAGUUUCUUUAGAUGGAUAUCUAAAUACAAGUUCAUAUCAAAACUCUUCUGAAGCAAGCAAAGAAGACAACCAAUUGAAACUCCACAAGGGCAGCAAGUCGUUUUUAGUAGGUCUUAUUAAGAAAAGCUUUAGAGAUUUCUCAAGAUCUAAUGAUAACAUCAAGAAUGAAAGACCUAAUGUUUUGGUGAAUGGACAACCUAUAUCUGACUCUGUAGUUAGAAAGGCUGAAAAGCAAGCUGGGCCAAUUCUUCCGGGAAAUUACUGGUAUGAUUCUCAAGCUGGAUUCUGGGGUGUGAUGGGCCAACCUUGCUCUGGCAUAAUUCCCCCGUUCAUUGAAGAAUUCAAUUACCCCAUGCCAGAAAACUGUGCUGCUGGAAACACAGCCGUCUUUAUAAAUGGGAGAGAGCUGCAUCAGAAAGAUCUAGACCUCCUAACUUGCAAAGGAUUACCAACGACAAGAGACAAAAGCUAUAUUCUCGACGUGUCCGGAAGAGUUUUUGAUGAAGGCACUCGCAUACAAUUAUAUAAUCUUGGCAAACUGGCCCCAACAGUCGAGAAAGAGAAGCGUGGAUUUGGCAUGAGGGUCCCUGGUCAGUGAGGUUCUACAACUUCUUCUGAUGAGUAAUUUGAAGAGGCAAUUGCCUUUGCCCCUGCUAUAGCCAUAUUUGUUUGAUAUCCUAUAAAACCUUCUUCUGUGGUUGGUGUAAAAUCAAAAUCCUUUGUAAUUUGUUGUAUUUGUAACAAGAAAAGUUUCAUUAAACAUAUAUACUUGUAUGUGCAUUUGGAUCUCUUCUUGGUUUGCCAGAUGAUUUUGUCAUGUGGAGUGCUUAUGUUAAUCUAAUGAGGAACAAUCCUUAAUCAAAGACUUGGACAGAAUUCUGCGUAAUGCUGAAUUAGAAGAGUUUGAGAAGGCAACGGCAAAAGCUGCUGAUUAUGAGGUGAAUCUUAAACUUCUUGUCUUCGCAAAUCUCUUAUUACUGAGACCAGAUGGACACACAGGUUCAUAUCGUCAGUUUCAGCCGAUACCAGAGAACAAACCAACAGUUGUUCAGAACGACUCUCUACAUUGGUGUUUACCUGGACCAAUAGACUUUUGGAAUGAUGUAAUUAUGGAGAUGGUGGUUAAUGGUUAAUCAAAAAAAUUUGCCUGAUCGAUUUUGGAGGUUGUUUUUUCUCAAGAAAUUUUGACAGUUGCCAUCCUGAAGUGAUGCUUCUUCAUAGCCACUAGUUGAACAAAGGCAUUUUAUCAUAGUGAAUGCCAGUGGUUCAUCUGUUUCCCUCCGCUGAGGCGCUCAGCUUUCUGUGGAUCAUGCUGGGAUUACUGGAUGGAAAUAGAAAUAAUUUUGUAUGGUCUCAUACCGGUUGAUUAACAAAGUAAUUAAA